AUGACCAGUCACAGUCUGACCGUCACAGUCGCUGACCGUCACAGUCCUGACCUUCACAUUCCUCAGACCGUCACAACUGUGACGGUCAGAGACUGUGACGGUCAGACUGUGACGGUCAGAGACUGUGACGGUCAGACUGUGACGGUCAGAGACUGUGACGACUGUGACGGUCAGACUGUGACGGUCAGAGACGAGACUGUGACGGUCAGAGACUGUGACGACUGUGACGGUCAGACUGUGACGGUCACAGACUGUGACGGUCAGACUGUGACGGUCAGAGACUGUGACGAGACUGUGACGGUCAGAGACUGUGACGGUCAGACUGUGACGUUCAGAGACUGUGACGGUCAGACUGUGACGGUCAGAGACUGUGACGACACUGUGAGUGUCAGAGACUGUGACGGUCAGACUGUGACGGUCAGAGACUGUGACUGUCAGACUGUGAUGGUCAGAGACUGUGACGAAACUGUGACGGUCAGAGCCUGUGACGGUCAGACUGUGACGGUCAGAGACUGUGACGGUCAGACUGACGAGACUGUGACGGUCAGAGACUUUGACGGUCAGACUGUGACUGUCAGAGACUGUGACGGUCAGAGACUGACGGUCAGCGACUGUGACGGUCAGACUGUGACGGUCAGAGACUGUGACGGUCAGACUGUGACGACUGUGACGGUCAGAGACUGUGACGGUCAGACUGUGACUGUCAGAGACUACUGUGACGGUCAGACUGUGACGGUCAGAGACUGUGACGGUCAGACUGUGACGGUCAGACUGUGA